AUGGUUUUUAUAACUAUAUCCGAUGAUAGUAAAAUAAUAACAAGUUUAGAUGUAUUAGAAGAAACGGAAAUAUCAACAAUUAUGAAUAUAAUCGAAAAUGAUUUUUCUAUAAGUAUGAAUAUAAAUGAAUUGACAUAUAAUGGAAAUGCAUUAAAUAAAUAUGAUACAAUAAAAAAAUUAAAUAUAAAAGAAGGAGAUUUGUUAUUUAUUCGAAAAAAACUAAGCUUAGAUUUAGAUUUAAUAAACAAUAAUACAAAUAAUCAAACGACAAAUAAUAAUAACUUGAAUAAUACAAAUAAAUUCAGCUUUAAUACAUUAUUAGAACAGUUUAAAGAAAUUCAGGAAAAUGAAUAUAUUAAAAAAGAAGCAGAAAAUUUGUUACAUUUAAAAAAUGAUAAAAGUAAGAUGUGUGUACUAGAAAUACAAGAUAAAAAAUUAUAUGAUGCUAUAAUUAAUGGAAACAUUGAAGAAAUAAAAAAAAUAUUAAAAGAAAAAUACGAAAAUGAGAAAAAAGAAAAAGAAAGAGAACAACAAAUGUAUGAAAAAGCAUUAAAAAAUCCAUUAUCAGAAGAUUCACAAAAAUACAUAUAUGAAAAUAUAUAUAAAAAUCAGAUAAACUCAAAUUUAGCUUUAGCUCAAGAGCAUUUUCCAGAAGCUUUUGGUGUAGUUUUUAUGUUAUAUAUUCCUGUAGAAAUUAACAAAAAAGUAGUUCAUGCUUUUGUUGAUUCAGGAGCACAAUCUAGUAUAAUGUCAAAAAAAUGUGCAGAAAAGUGUAACAUUUUAAGAUUAAUGGAUAAAAGAUUUACUGGUAUUGCUAAAGGAGUUGGUACAAAAACCAUUUUAGGAAAAAUUCAUAUGAUUGAUAUUAAAAUAGGAAAUCAUUUUUAUGCAGUUUCUUUAACUAUUAUUGAUGAGUAUGAUAUUGAAUUUAUUUUUGGAUUAGAUUUAUUAAAAAGACAUCAAUGCUCAAUUGACUUAAAACAAAAUGCUUUAAUCAUUGAUAAUGAUAAAAUUCCAUUUUUGUCAGAAAAAGACGUGAUUUCAAGAUCUUCUCAAAAUAUAGAUCUUGAUAUAACAAAAGAUGAAAUAAAUGAUUUUUAUAAAUAA